GUCCACCCAGUCUGGCAAUCUGCUGCCAGCUCUGACCUGUGAUGUUACACGCACUCCUAGAACACUAGACCAAUACCCAUGUGUCAUUAGCCCACAUCCAGAGCGUGCAGCCGAGAAUCCUUAAAAACACACACAUGUGCAGCCUUCUUUUUGACUUCAUUCCCGUCUCCCUCUGCAGAAUUCCUUCAUCCCUCUUUCCUCUAAUGUACAGGUCAGGUUCGUGUCCUUUGCGUCCAUUCACCAAGAGGACGAAAGGAGAGAAGAAAGGGAGGAAAAGAGAGGAUGGAGGGAGGUUAAGGGAGAGAUGGACGGACGGAGGGAAGGAGAGAGAAGGGGAGGGAUGGAGAGGCAAAACAAGCUUUGAAUACAAAUGAGCUGACACACAUAAUGCAUGCCCUCCCUUCCUCUCUCUCUCCCUCGAUCACUGUCUCUCACACACUCUUACUCCCUCACACACAUGUUCUUGCACUCUCUCCUCCGUGUCUCCUCAGCGGAUCAGCGGAGCACAGGAGGUGAUUUCAGCCACUUGAUUUAUUAGUCGUUGCUGGUUGUUAGAACAAGCUAAUUAAAAGGAGGGUGAGUGUGAGUGUGUGGAAGGUUUGGAGAGAGAGCCGCCGCCGCCGCCGCCGCCGUCUCUUCGUCUGCUCUCUCACGCUUCACAGUGGACCAGGAGGCAGCAGGGGAGAGGAGAGGAAAGAGAAGAAGAAGAGGAGGAAGAGGAAGAGACAGGCAACUGGGUGGAAGGAGAUUUUCGCACCACUUUACCAUCGUUUCUUCUGGCAUGGCCACCGCAUAGGAAUCUGGUGCCGCGGCAACCGUCAGCUUGGCAACGAGGUAUCCAAGGAUAAGGAUACAGAAAGUUGGGCCGGUUCAAAGGGACGCUUGAAGGAACGGAGAGAGGGAUGGCAUCGGAGGAGAAGCCGGGCGUGAAGAGCAGCAGCUCCAUCGUCCCCUGCUUCCUGUUUGUGGAGCUGGUGAUCAUGGCUGGGACGGUGCUGCUGGCUUACUACUUUGAGUACACGGACACCUUUCCCGUGCACAUCCAGGGUUUCUUCUGCUACGACAAGACCUUCUCGAAGCCCUACCCCGGUCCGGACGACACCAGCAAGAUCCCCCCGGUGCUCAUCUACUCGCUCGUCACAGCCAUCCCCACCCUCACGAUUCUUAUUGGAGAGCUGUGUGCCUUCUUCACCAAGGCAGAGGGAACCCAGGAGAAGACCAUCGUCACUGCAGACUGCUGCUACUUCAAUCCCCUCCUGAGGCGCAUAAUUCGCUUCCUGGGGGUGUAUGCCUUCGGCCUGUUCACCACCACCAUCUUCGCCAACGCCGGUCAGGUGGUAACGGGAAACCAGACGCCUCACUUCCUGUCUGCCUGCCGACCAAACUACACAGCGUUAGGCUGCCAGUCCACCAUGCAGUACAUCACAGAGCGCCGCGCCUGCACAGGCAACCCGCUGAUUGUCAUGUCUGCACGUAAAUCCUUUCCGUCUAAGGAUGCAGCGCUCAGCGUCUACUCGGCGGUGUACACAGUGAUGUAUGUGACGCUGGUGUUUAAGACCAAAGGCACGCGGCUCACCAAGCCCACCAUCAGCCUCACCCUGCUCUGCCUGGCCAUGCUGGUCGGUGUGGUCAGGGUGGCCGAGUACCGCAACCACUGGGCCGACGUUCUGGCGGGAUUCUUCACCGGAGGAGCCAUCGCUGUGUUUCUGGUGACUUGUGUGAUUAAUAACUUCCAGCAGCUGCAGCCCAGUCCUCCCCCACCGCGACCCCAGCGCCCGGAGUCGGUGCUGGGCAUGCCGAUGGUGACGCUGCCCUGCGUGGAGAGUCCACUCGAAAAGUUAAGUGGCCCUCAGCAUCCUGCACUCUCCUCCUCCUCCCCACCUUACAACACCUACGUCCAACCAUUCUAACCGGCUUUGACUCUUUUUCCCCCUCCGCCAUCUCCGCCAUCCGUUGCCUUAUUUCUGUUCGUACAUCUGUUCUCUCUCCUCUCUCUCUCUCCCCCUCUUCAUCCCGUGCAUUGCUCUUGAUUAUUCUUUUCUUCACUUUUCUCUCUCUCCUCCCUUCGCCUCCUCUCUGCCCCGUCCUCUUCCUCCUUCUCCUCCUCCUCCUCUCUCUCUUUCUCACUCCUCUCUUUCCCCUGCAGACUCCGCGGGGAUCUCCGUUCACCGAGAUCACAUGACCAUCAGCCCUAUCGGUUCCCCGCCACCCCCGAUGUCCUCAUACCGUCUCGCUCCAUUUCCAGCGAAGUCUAGACCAGCCGGACCAGCAGCAGCAGCAGCAGCAGCACUCGCCGCACUGCGCCGCCCAUCCGGCCGGCCGGUAUGCGACGCUGCACCGCUCGUAUUCCACGCAGGUCUAGACAUCCCAUAAUGCAGCGCACUCGAACCCUCUCAAACCCCCGGGGAACCGAUAGGCAAACAAGACUUUCUCUUUGCUGGACGCCCAGCGAAGUAAAACCGAACAGUCAGGUACAUCUCCUCGUUUUUGUUCUUUCAUUUUGAGUUUUUUCUACGAACUGAAGCUCAUCUCCAGUGGUGUGCUCUCGCAAGGAAACCCUGUGACCACUGAGAAUGUCCACUGCUUCUUCUUCUUCUUCUUCUCCUUCUUUUUUUUAAUGAAUGAGUUUACACCCUCUUGCUGAAGGACAACUGCUUUGAUGCGAGCUGUCAGGAGGCGGCCAUGUUGGACCAAAGAAGCCCGCUGAAGGAAAUGUGUGCUGCUGAGAUUUACCCGUUAAAAAACAUCCUUUUAGCAAGCCAUACGCACACACGCAAACAAACACGUUCUUUCUCUGUCCUUAUCUCAUCCCGUGCGCACACACACACACACACACACACACACACACACACACACACACACACACACACACACACACACACACUGCAGUCUGAGUAGCAGCGCCCUAGUCAGCUCCACAUGAGGUUUACCCAGAUCAAAGGAUCCAUUUCAUAUCUCUCAGCAGAAGCAGCAGACAAAAGCAAACAGGAUGAAAGUACAGACAUCUCCACUUGGCUAUCGUCUUCGUGUCUUUUUUUUUUUUUUCCCCCUUCUCAGAUGGUUGCAGCUUCGCCAAAACCUGAUGUGAAAUACAAACACGUCGGAUACGACAAAGCCAAGCUCCCGCUCCUGCAGGUGGCCCCGACGGCGAGCCGAGUAAAAGUGCAUCACAUUCAGGAGCAAAUAUUCGUUUUUGUAUUCUUUUGAGACAAAGAGCUUUCAUACAAAACGCUUCCCGUGAUGCCAGCCGACUUUUAUUUCCUCGUUUUGUUCGGUUUCUUUUCUGGAACGGCCCGAAACGGAGCUCGUUUUGCUGCGGACUCGGCCGCGUCAUGUAAUUAUUGUGAUUAAUUUUUGAGAUUUUAAUACUAGAUUUAUUUAUUGACAUGUAUAUACGGUGCGGCUGCCGCAAGCGCUACGUGUGGCGAGACAGUUUUGCUGGUUUUGAUUUGCACACUGUUCCUUUUCUUCCUCUGCACAUGUUUUUGUUUUUUUUACGGCCUCGGUUUCUCUCUCCUAUCACUGUGCUGUGAAAUGUUUCCCUCUGCUGGACGGCACACACACAAACGCGGACAGAAACGCACACAGACACAAGAAUAAAAGUCUGUUUUUACAGAGCACAUGUAUGUAUGUCGAAAGCACACACAUGCACAAUCACACCUGCCCCCCCCUCCUGUACAUUCCUCCCCCUGAGUCCACUUUCUAACACUGAAACAUGUUUGUAAGAUAUUGUACAAAGCUCUUUUUUUGUAUCGAGAGUGUGGUUUUUACACGAGCAUCACCAGUGCAGAGAUUCGGGGGGAAAAUCUUGUAUUUGUCAUGACGACGGAGCACGUGUGUGGAAGUCGACUCGCUCUUAGUAUCAAACUGCAGGAUCUGCCCACUGGACGGGACGAAGCUGGAGUGUGUUGAUGAGUUUAGGAACUUGAGGCCUUUUCUAUGGUGGCCGACAGGUGCAAACGCGCCGCAAACACAGAAAUGAUCCAAAACCAAAAAGUCACAAACACAUAAAACACAUGCAAGAAAAAAAUGCAAGAGAAACGUGCUGCAAUCACAGAAACGACGCAGAAGCAGACUGACAAAAUCACAAAACAAAUGCAAACGAAAAAUGCUGCAAAUGUAUAAAAACACACACAAAACCCCCAAAACAACUGCAAGAGAAAAACGCUGCAAAUUCAAUCCACAGUGGACGUGCACCAGGUCACUCCACAACGGAAGUGCACCAGACGAGAAGAAGGAGAUGACGUAAUUAUGCUGCUCUUCGAUAACAUUGUAAAAUAUGCCAGCCAAGUUAGCCAGAUAAAACAUAAAGGAAAACAUACCUUUUCACACUGAAAGAAAUUGCACGCCUUCUUUUCCUUCUUCUUCUUCUUCUUCUUCUGCUUCUUCUUCUUCCUCUUCCUCUUCCUCUUCCUCCUCCUUCUUCUUCUUCUCCUCCUCCUUCAUGUCUGGUGCACUUUCAUUGUGGAUUGAAUUUGCAGCGUUUUUCUCUUCCGGUUGUUCUGGUUGUUUGUGUGUGUUUUUGUAUAUUUGCAGCAUUUUUUGUUUGCAUCUGUUUUGUGAUUUUGUAAGUCUUUGCUUCUGCAUCGUUUCUGUGAUUGCAGCACGUUUCUCUUGCAGCAUUUUUUUCUUGCACGUGUUUUAUGUGUUUGUGUGCUUUUUUGGUUUUGGAUCAUUUGUGCGUUUGCAGCGCUUUUGCCGUUUUGCGGCGCGUUUGGACCUGUCGGCCACCGUACUUUUCAGAUUUGAAUCCUCAUAUUAGCACAAAAUACAAGAAGCGAACACAGUGUAGCUCUUUUUCGGUGUUUAAUCUGCCAACGCAUCGGGUCAAUGCAGGCGUAAGGAGAGCUAAUAAAAUCACAACAUGGAUGUUAAAGCAGCUGAUCAAACUCAACGACUCAUUAUCGUGUCAUAAAUACAGAAUAAAAUGCACACUUUAAUGAGAAUUCUCUCAUCGCUGCUAGGGUGUGUUCACACUUGUGGUUUCAUUCUGUUGGUCUGGAUUGAAGCAGAAAUUACACAAUUUAGUCCUGGUUUGUCCAUCCUGGCAUUUUUAACAUCAACCUAAAAGAUACCAAACAGCUUAUGGAUACAAGCACGGUUUUUGUGUCAAAGGGGUGUCAAACUCAUCUGAGUUCAGGUUCCACUUUCAGCCCAAUUUGAUCUCAAGUGACCAGUAAAAUCACAGGAUAAUAACCUAAAAAAAAUAGCCACAAUUCCACAUUUUUCCCUUUGUUUUAGUGCAAAAAAGUACAUUCUGAAAACGUUCCGUUUAAAGAAUGAUCUUUUUACAAAACAUGAUGAACAACCUGAAAGUUCUUAAGAAAAAUAAAUUCACUUUCAGCAACAUUUUUCCUCAGUUUAUCAUUUCCACAUUACAACUUACAGAUCCCAGUUUAUCUACAAAGAGGCGCAAAACAUUUAGUCACAGCUAUCUGGAACUGAAUGAUACAGUAUUUUACUUUAAACAUGACAAAAAACAACAAAAAUUAGAUGCAAAUCGACAAAAAUGAGACAAACGACACAAAGCAAAACAAAAAAGAGACCAAAAAUUAGAAAAAAAAAAUUGCAAAGCAACAAAAAAACGGACAAAUGACAAAAAUGAGACAAAAAAGGAACAAAACGAUGAAAAAAUAGACAAAAAACACAAACGAGACAAAAAGGAAACACAAAACAAUACAAAUGAGAAACAAAACAAUGAAUAAAGCAAAACACAUAAUGACAAAAAUAAGAUAAAAAACACAAACGAGAUAAAAAGGAAACACAAAAUGACAAAUGGGAAACAAUACAAAAAACAUGAGACAAACGACAAAAGUAAGACCAAAAAAAAACAACAAAAACAAGACAGAA